CGCAUAAUUUUCCUCUCUCCAAGAAAUCAAUCGAAAAAAGGAAAACAAUAUGGUUGAUGUAGGGGUGGAAUUUCUGCUAGAGAACUUGAAGCAAUUGGUGCUGGAUAAUGUGGAGUUAAUCGGAGGAGUUAAAGAUGAAAUCAAGAAUCUGGAGGAUGAUUUGAGGGAAUUCAAUGCCUUUCUCAAGCAAGCUGCAAUGGUCCGCAGCGAAGACCCAGUUCUGAAAGAAUUAGUGAGGAGUAUCAGAAAAGUGGUGAAUCGUGCUGAAGAUGCUAUUGAUAAGUUUGUAAUCGAAGCUAAGGUUCAUAAGGACAAAGGGUUUAAAGGGGUUUUCAACAAACCUGUACAUUAUAAAAGAGUGAGGGAGAUCGCUGUGGAGAUUAAAGGUAUAAGAGAUAGAAUAAGAGAAAUUCGGCAAAAUAACGCACAUGGCCUUCAGGCACUUCAAGGUCAUGAUGAUUCACUCAACAGUGGGGAAGAGAGACAGCCUCCUGUGGUUGAGGAAGAUGAUGUGGUGGGCUUUGACGAUGAGGCGCAGACGGUAAUCGACCGUCUUCUUGAAGGAUCAGGUGAUUUAGAGGUUAUUCCAGUUGUUGGAAUGCCUGGUCUUGGCAAAACUACACUAGCCACUAAGAUCUUCAAGCAUCUGAAGAUUGAGUACGAGUUCUUUACUCGACUUUGGCUUUAUGUUUCCCAAUCAUACAAGACAAGAGAAUUAUAUCUUAACAUCAUCAGUAAAUUCACCGGAAACACCAAGCAUUGCCGUGAUAUGUCUGAAAUGGAUUUAGCUCAUAAGGUACGAGAGAUUUUGGAUGAAGGAGGAAAAUACUUGAUUGUCUUGGAUGAUGUCUGGUCGACAGAUGCUUGGGAUCGUAUCAAGAUUGCUCUCCCGAGAAAUGGGAAGGGCAAUAGAGUAUUGUUGACAACUCGAGAUAACAAUGUCGCAAGAUAUUGCAAUAGGAGUCCACAUUAUUUAAAAUUUCUGACUGAUGAAGAAAGUUGGAUUUUACUGGAGAAAAGAGCUUUACACAAAGCUAAAUGUCCCCCCGAAUUGGAAACAAACGGAAAAAGCAUAGCCAGGAAGUGUAAAGGACUACCCCUAGCUAUUGUGGUGAUUGCAGGAGCUCUUAUUGGGAAAGGCAAGACAAUAAGGGAAUGGGAGCAAGUGGAUCAGAGUGUGGGCGAACAUUUCAUAAAUAGAGAUCAGCCAAAUAAAUUGGUGCGGAUGAGUUAUGAUGUUUUGCCUUAUGACUGGAAAGCUUGCUUUUUAUAUUUUGGUACAUUCCCCAGAGGCUAUUUAAUCCCUGCCAGGAAAUUGAUCCGCUUAUGGAUCGCGGAAGGGUUUAUCCAGUACAGAGGGAACCUAUCCCUUGAGUGUAAAGCAGAGAAUUACUUGAAUGAACUCGUGAAUAGAAAUUUAGUGAUGGUAAUGCAAAGGACGCUUGAUGGACAAAUCAAAACUUGUCGUGUUCAUGACAUGUUGUAUGAGUUUUGCUGGCAAGAGGCCACGACAGAGGAAAAUCUUUUCCAUGAAGUAAAAUUCGAUGGUGAGCAAUCUGUUCGUGAAGUAUCCACUCACCGUCGCUUGUGCAUUCAUUCCUCUGUUGUGGAAUUCAUUUCUAAGAAGCCCUCUGGUGAGCAUGUUAGGUCAUUCCUAUGUUUUUCUCCAGAAAAAAUUGACACUCCCCCAACUGUCAGUGCAAACAUAUCAAAAGCCUUUCCGUUGCUAAGAGUGUUUGAUACUGAAUCCAUCAAAAUCAAUCGCUUUUGCAAGGAGUUCUUUCAAUUGUAUCAUCUGAGGUAUAUUGCUUUCUCAUUUGACUCGAUUAAAGUCCUUCCGAAACAUGUUGGGGAACUUUGGAACGUACAAACCCUCAUUGUCAACACACAACAGAUCAACCUUGAUAUUCAAGCAGACAUAUUGAACAUGCCCCGGCUGAGGCAUCUGCACACCAACACGUCUUCUAAAUUGCCUACGCCUGCUAACCCCAAAACAAGUAAGACUACCUUAGUAAAUCAAAGCCUGCAAACCCUCUCCACAAUUGCACCAGAAAGCUGCACUGAAUAUGUUCUCUCGAGGGCUCCAAAGUUGAAAAAACUGGGCAUUCGUGGAAAAAUAGCUAAGCUACUGGAACCAAGUCAGCCCGUAUUGUUCAACAAUGUUAAGACACUGCAAUGUCUUGAGAACUUGAAGCUGAUAAAUGUUGGUCAGACUGAUCAGACACAAUUACGCCUUCCUCCAGCAUCUCUAUUUCCAACUAAGUUGAGGAAGCUGACUUUAUCAGACACCUGGUUGGAGUGGGAUGAUAUGUCUGUAUUGAAACAGUUGGAGUGCCUUCAAGUCUUGAAGCUGAAAGACAAUGCAUUUAAGGGAGAGCACUGGGAACUAAAUGAUGGAGGUUUUCCUUUCCUACAAGUGUUAUGCAUUGAAAGGGCAAACUUAGUUUCUUGGAAUGCUUCGGGUGAUCACUUCCCGAGGCUUAAACAUCUUCACAUAUCAUGUGAUAAACUUGAGAAGAUCCCCAUUGGCCUGUCUGAUAUACGCAGCCUCCAAGUGAUGGAUUUGCAAAAUUCCACUAAAUCAGCAGCAAAAUCUGCCCGAGAGAUACAAGCCAAAAAAAACAAGCUGCAAACUGCUAAAUCCCAGAAGUUCGAGCUUUCUGUAUUCCCUCCUGAUUCUGAUGUACAGACAGCUUCUUAGAAAGGUCUAAAAUAAUCGCAUGCUGCUGGUUCAACCAGCCUGGUUGGCGCGCACGGUUUUUGCUUCAUUUGGCUCACUGCUCAAACAGCGAAGCCUAUUGCAUUUCAUAAGUGGAACGACUGAUCCACAGUUUUCUAACUCUUUGGUUUCUUACUGUAUUUGAUGUGUGUUCAUGUUUUAUUGAUUGUGGCUGUAAUGUGCCAUCGUAGCCGAGGAAUAAGAACCAAAUGUAACGUUCAAGAAAUCUCAGACAUUGAUACUUAUAAGUUAUACCACUCUGAAUUUUCUCCAUUCAGAUACAACAACAGAACAAUAGUCACUUGUUCUGAUUCAUACACAAUUUGAUCAUGUUUUAUUAUUUAAACAGCACUUCUGGUUCUUCAAAGAUU